AUGAUGGAGUACAAGGCGAAUAACCGAAUGUAUGCUUAGGUGUUGGCGACAACGAGAGAGUCGAAAGAAUCAGCAUUGUUGUCAAAAUUAGUCUCAUUGAGGGAACAGAUUUCUACGAUAGGGAGUCCUCGUGCGACAGUGAAGACAGCGAGAGGAAUGUCUGAGCAUGUCGGUUUAAUAUCUCCUCGUUCUUUCGGGAGGAGAUUGGAUGAGAAGUUGCCAAUGAAGGAAUUGGGAGAGAUUGCGAAUUACUUUAAUACAUUGGGGGGUGAAUAAGCAAAAGGACUGUCUAAAAACUAUGUGAAUGAAAUGGUGCGUUUGUAGUAAUGCAUUGAGAAGAAGUUGAAAAGAUGA